UUUAAAAGUUUGAACAAAAUUCUCUGCUGUGGUAUACCAUAACAAGGAAUGGUUUUCAGAUUUUAACACAAUGAAGGCAUUCACAGCAGCUCUGCUUUCCAUCCUUUUGAUCACCCUGCAGUAUUCCUGUGCUGUGAGUCCCAUAGACUGCAAUGCUACUGAGUCCCUGGCUGAGAAAGCUCUAGACCUGAUCAAUAAAGGACGUCGGAAUGGCUACCUUUUCCAGUUGCUGAGGGUUGCUGAUGCCCACUUGGACAAAAUGGAAUCCGUAGCUGUCUAUUACUUAGUCUUAGAUGUGAAAGAAGUUGACUGCCCGGUCCAAUCCAGGAAACACUGGGAUGACUGUGAGCCAGCUAUUUCUAGACGUCCAUCUGAUAUAGUGAUCGGACAAUGUAAAGUAAUAGUCACAACAUGUUUGAAUGAAUUUCAGGAUCUAAGAGUGAAUGACUUCAACUGUACCACAAACUCUGUCUUCUCUGUACUGGCCAACACUAAAGACAGCCCAGUACUCGUUGACUUCUUUGAGGAUACCGAACUCUACAGAAAAGUAGCAGAGAAAGCCUUUGAGAAGUAUAAAACGGAAAAUAGUGACUUUGCCUCUUUCAGAGUGGACCAAGUGGAGAAAGUUGCAAGAGUGAGAGGAGGGGAAAGAACCGGUUACUAUCUGGACUUCUCUGUAAGGAAUUGCUCUCAUCACCAUUUUCCCAGGCACCAUAAUGUUUUUGGUUUCUGCAAAUUAGAUUUGUCCUAUAAUGUAGGAACCUCUGACAUGGAAACUCCAGAGGAUGUAGUCAUAAAUUGUGAAGUCUUCAAACUUAAGGACCAUAGAAACAUCAGUGAUGUACCGCUCCAUCUGGGGCCUCCCUUCCUCUACAUUGGCAAGCAUCCAUUUAAGAAUAAUGGGUCCAGAGAUUACCGCCAUCCCCACAAGAUACAUAAACGUGGAUACCCACCUUCUCUAGAAGACACAAAUCACUCAGACAGACCACCACUUCCACCAGGACCUCCUCCACCAGGACCUCCUCUGCCAUUUCCUCCUUUAAGAUGUCAUCACUUCCAUUUUGGCGCCAAUAGAACCCACGUACACCCUCGUAAUCAUAGUUCCAGUGAGCACCAUCCCCAUGGGCACCAUCCUCAUGGGCAUCAUCCUCAUGGACACCGUCCUCAUGGGCACCCUCCCCAUGGCCAUGACUUUUAUGACCACGGACCCUGUGACCCACCACCUCAUAGCCAAGGUCCCCAAGAUCACCAUCACAGGAACCAUGGCCCACCACCUAGGCAUUCAGAAGAAAGAGGUCCAGGUAGAGGACACCAUCCCUUCCAAUGGAGACGAAUUGGAUAUGUUAACCGAUUCCCUCCAUUAAAGAAUGGUGAAGUUCUUCCUCUUCCUGAAGCCAAUUUUCCUAUCUUCUCAUUGCCCAACCACGACCAUCCUCUAAAGCCAAAAAUUCAGCCCUUCCCUCAAUCAGCCUCUGAAUCAUGUCCAGGGAUGUUUAAGAGGGAGUUUUCACAAGUCUCAAAGUUUUUUGCGUAUACAUUACCAAAAGAAAAGCUGAGUUCCUGGAAAGAUGAGUAAUGUUCUGAAUUAGAACAAUAAAUAAAAUAUAACCAGUAAUAAAUGCAAAAUUAGAAGCUAUUUUACCUUACUUUCAUGUUCAGGAUAGGACAAAAUGUGGGUGGGGGAGGUGAUGGCGUGAGAAGAGCAAGACAAAUGGAGAGGAGAAGGAAAAGCUUGGAGUGACAAAUCAGAAGUUAAUUCUCUCAGUGGCUACUACAAUACUCAAGACAAAUCUCUGAUGCUCAGACUUUUCUAUUUCCUGGACUGGACUCCUGAAAUGCCAGCAUCAUUCCUCUAUUAAUUAAUACUUAUGCUGUAGCUGGGCAUACCAAGAAACUAUACAUUGUCAAAUAAAUGAUUAUUCUUAUAAAAG